AUGCCUCGACCGCUAGUAAACGUGCCGCCCAGCCCAGCCCGUCCAAUCUUCCCGCUUGCGAACGUUGCAGCUGCUCUUGUCCCCUAUCAUCUCCAUCCGUACCCAAGGAAGGCCAGCCAGGCCGCGUCAGCUCUAUAUAUACUACGCAAGCGUCGAGCGCCCAUUAUGUACGCCCACGCAUUCCUCCUUCUGCUCCUACUCUUUCAAUGGACCAAUCUUGCUGUGACCGCUCCGCAUAAACCGAAGCUUGCGUCCAAUGUUCCUACCGAACUUGCUCUACCGCCUUCUCCCGAACUUCUUGGCCUACCUUCUCCGGAUCAAAAUUUCAGGCCCCUUUUUACACGAGGUCGGUUACCCAUACGAAAUAGCCCAUACCUCUGGCUCGUUGUUCCCCAGACUAUGGAUAUGAUUCAUACCCAAGGGGGUGUUCUACCUCAGGGCACGACAGAAACAAGCAUUUAUCAACAUAUGCAUGGAAAUAAAAAUAGCGUCUAUGUUACGGUAUAUGAAUCUAUCCAUGCGGCUCGAAUGGCAUACGCUAGCGUUGCAGCAACUGGUAUUGCAGGGACCUUACUCUGCAUCCACGAAGCAAAAAAUGCUAUCGAACUAACAGAAUCAGUUCCUCAAACUGAAAAUCUACAGAAUUACGAACGGGGGUUUGUUUUGCUCGGAGGCGCCUGGGACGCACAGAUAAAGAAAUCCGCCUUAAUAGAGAGCGGAGUAGUAUAUAACGAAGACGAAAUCGAAUUCGUUGAUAAUAAGAAUUACGACUUGCAUUAUUAUCAACAAUGUUAUAGUUUUGCGCGUCCGCGCCUAGCCGGCCUUCCAUCCAACCAUCCAGAAUUGGCUGAUACCGAACUUAAGUUUUCUAACUCAUUAGAAUGCGAUGCAGAGGCUCGUGCGUUUAUGGAUUCAAUUGCAGAAGCUGUUGGCUGGCGGAAAGAGUGGCCGUUGGUUCUACCUCCUAGCGAAGCUGCGAUUGCAACGGAAGCCGUAAUGGCAGCCCGCAGUAUAAUAUGCGACGCUAGUAAGGCAGUACUAGAGGCUCGAAGAGCAGACGACUUAGUAGCAGCGCGUAGAGCAUUAGCAACGGCUCAAAAUGCAUUGGCUACUGUCAAGUUACAGCUUACUAAGAUUGGCUACAUUGUCCAUUAUACCGGCUCUCUCCCUCGUUCAACGUUCGAUUCGCCAUGGUCGGAGCUUAUCUACUGUUCGAAGGUUACCGCUGGUAUUGAGGGCAAAGUUAUGUUACUCGAGGCUGCCCAAUUCAACCAGAACGUUCUUUUCUUUAGUACCCAUGUCAAAAAUGCAGCAGACGACAGUCAAAUUAUGAAAGAGAUAAAGGAUGCUGCUUCUCAAAUAGAAGAAAUAACAAAUACGAUGCAAAAAAGGAUAAAAGCAACAGAAAAUCAACGAUCGGAAAUUAUAGGGGCAAAAUCGAAGCAGUUUGAGGACAUAAAACCCGAGAUCUGGCUAGGAAAACGAUUGGAGAGGAAGAGUGAAGCAAUCGAACGGGACAUACACUUACUUGACGAGUUGAUAAUUCUCCAAACGCACUUUUACAAGGACCUUGUCGAGCUAGUACAUUCCGCUAAGAAUGCUAUUAUUAACCUAGAAGCGAAAAGAAGCAAGGAAAUGGAGCAGAAAACGAAAGAGCAAACGGAAAAGCCAAAAGAAGUAUCAGAUGCAGAAAAGAGAAAGAAUACUGCAAUAGAGCAGGCACAGAGAAUUCAGGAUAAUCCAAAACUUAACCCUUGGUACAAGAGGGCACUUUCAAAGGUAACAGAUUUGGUAGGUUUGAAGUGGGAUAACGUUGAUACAACGGUCGCGUUGGCCGUAACAGGGACAGCAGCUGCUGGUGUUGGUGGUAAGAUUGCUGUAAGUACUGCCAAGGUCGGUGCAGGCACGGGAAGUUCGACGUCCAGCCUUGGAAUUACUGCAGCCAAGAAUAUUCAAACCGUGAAUAAUGUGGAAUUAGGCAAUGCAGCCAAAGGCAAGACCAAGGACAAUAGCCAAGUAACCGCCGAUUCCGAGCAAGUCGAUGCUAGUGAUUUGGAGAGCCUGCUUGAUAGUUCGGUUGUCGAUAGUCCGAUUGUCGAUGGUCCGGUUGUCGAUGGUUCGGUCGUCGAUAGUUCGGUCCGAAAUAGCCUCGUUGGUUUCGUUAAUGAAGGGUUCGAGGGUUUCGAAGCUGGGCCGGCAUACGAUGUGCUCCUCGAGCAACUGCAAAACCUACCAGUAGCAAGUGGACACCCAGCGCUACAGGCGGCCAGUGAAAGCCUAGCCCAGUCAGCGUCAGGAAGCCUAGCCAACCCAGCGUCAGGUGCCGGUAGUAGCCUAUUGAAGUCGAUUAAGGCUACGCCGUCGAGGAUCAAAGUUAAGCUGCAUGGCAAUAAAUACGAAAGGCUAGCAGAGAAGCGUCGACGUAGUAUCGUUAGGCGGGACAAUGGUCAGAUCAACAAUCAAGAAUUGCAACACUUGCUUGAUCAAGAUUCGGCAUCAGUGGCUAUACGGGCCAUGAUAAGGGCCAUGUUGGUCGGCUUACAAUAUGCUUCGGAUAUAAUGGCACACAAUGUUACAGCUACGAUCUAG